AUGACAAAGACUUAUACCCAGCCCAAAGAGAUGGCAGAGCUGGUGAGCACCCAGGCCUGGAUGGAUGAAACACUGAGCUCCAAGGAUGAGCUGAAGGAAGACGAUGGCAGGCAAGGUCCCUUUGGACUGAUGGCUGGCUUGAAUGAAGAACAUGACAGCAUUGAGGAAGAAGAGGAGGAAGAGGAUGACGGGGACAAGCCCAAGAGAAGAGGACCAAAGAAGAAGAAAAUGACCAAAGCAAGGCUGGAGCGGUUCAGGGCCCGGCGGGUGAAGGCCAAUGCCCGUGAGCGAACACGCAUGCAUGGUCUGAAUGAUGCUCUUGAUAACCUGAGGAGGGUGAUGCCUUGUUACUCCAAGACUCAGAAGUUGUCCAAGAUCGAGACACUGAGGCUUGCAAGAAACUACAUCUGGGCUCUGUCUGAGGUACUCGAAACUGGGCAGACUCCUGAAGGGAAGAGUUUCGUGGAGAUGCUCUGCAAGGGCCUGUCCCAACCGACCAGUAACUUAGUGGCUGGUUGUCUGCAGCUGGGACCACAGACCUUGUUCCUGGAGAAACAUGAAGAGAAGUCCCCAGUGUGUGAAUCGGCCAUAUCCAGCCACUCCUUUAGUUACCAGACCCCAGGGCUCCCAAGCCCACCCUAUGGGACUAUGGAAACACAUCUCCUGCAUUUAAAGCCCCCAACCUUCAAGAGUUUGGUGGAUCCUUCCUUCGGAAACCAUCCCUCUGACUGCACCACUCCUCCCUAUGAAGGUCCCCUAACACCACCCUUGAGCAUCAGCGGGAACUUCUCCUUGAAGCAAGAUGGGUCUCCAGACUUGGAUAAAUCCUACAGCUUCAUGGCCCACUAUCCCUCCGUCAGCCUGACUGGAACACAUGGACAUGCCUCUCACUUCCAAAACGCGGUGCCCCGCUACGAGAUCCCCAUAGACAUGAGCUACGAGUCCUACCCACACCACGUAACUGGGCCUCAGCUCAAUGCUAUAUUUAAUGAGUAA